AUGAAGGAACCUGGAGAAGAAAGUAAGAAUGACGAUUCUGCCAUCAUGAAUGAGGGUGUUUCUAAAUACUUCGGAAACCGUCUGCUAAAUAUGUUGUUCACAGUGUCCCUAAUGAAAGAUGCAUUGUAUCCAUGUCCUCUAUUCUAUCGAUCUCCAACGUUUUCAAAUAAUCGAAACUUAACUACUGUCUCGACUUUAGUAUUUGCAUCCAUAGUUUCUUUUUUUUUGUUUCUAUUAUGGAGAGAAAGGGCUACCUCCAAAACGACCCAAAAUGAAAGCUCUUACUGUUAUUCUCAAAUAAAAAGCGAUAUAAGACCAAAGUGUUCGUGUUGCCUAACGUUUUUUAUCUUAUAUGUAAUUUUAACGUGUUUAAUUUGGCUAGUUCAUCUACUACCUAUGAGAUAUGAAACGUUAGAUUUGAAAGCAGUAUUACAGUUCAUUUUAUUGGAUAUUAACAUCUUAGUAGUUAAUGUAAUCGUUAUCAGAAGUUAUAGAAUACACAAUUUGCAUCGUAGUCCCCUUGUGAGUGGUGAGGGUAGUUCGAACGAUGAACAGAUGUGUUAA